GAGGCUUUAUGUGGACAAAGCGCCAGCUGUGUUCUACCUCUGCAGGUUGUAAUAGAGAAUCCGUUACAGUUGCACCGGAUAGAAGUGGAAAUAAAAGAUGUAAAUGACAACGCUCCUAGUUUUCUCAAACGCGAUCAUAUAAUAGAAAUUGCAGAAUCCACCGUUGUAGGUGUGCGUUUUCCCUUAGAGAGUGCAGAGGAUCCCGAUGUUGGAAGUAACGGAUUAAAGACGUACACACUAAGCAAAGACGACUGCUUCACUUUAAAAGUUAAAGAAAUUGAAAACGGACGAAAAAUACCAGAAUUGGUUUUAAAUAAAUCAUUAGAUCGCGAGAAAAAGGCCAUUCACAAUUUAUUUCUUAUUGCCAUGGACGGAGGUAACCCAGUCCAAUCUGGAACUUCAAAAAUAACAGUAAAUGUGCUUGAUAAUAAUGACAAUGUGCCAAUUUUCGAAAAUACUUCUUAUAAAAUUGCUGUUCAAGAAAACAGUUCAAAUGGCUCAUUUGUAAUAGCUACAAAAGCAACAGACAUUGAUGAGGGUCCAAAUGGAGAGAUUGAGUACUCGCUUGGUGUACACACACCCCCGUCAGUGCUGUCAUUAUUUCGUAUAGAUGCUGUAACAGGAGAGAUAUUUUUGAAAAACCAAUUGGACCACGAAACUCAAGCCUCAUAUCGAAUAGACAUUAGUGCAAAAGACAAAGGAUUGCCUAAAAUGGAGGGUCACUGCAGUGUGCAGGUGGAUGUCUUAGACGUAAAUGAUAACGCUCCAGAAAUUGUGCUCACUUCAAAGCCCACUUCUGUGGCCGAGGACUCUCGCAGUGGCACAGUAGUGGCUUUACUCAGCGUCCGUGACCUUGAUUCCGGUGAUAACGGUAAAGUGACGUUACAACUUCCCAAAAACUCUCCCUUUACUCUGAAACCCUCGUUUUCUAAUAAUUAUGCACUGGUUACUAGUGGUUCUCUGGACAGAGAGAGUUUCUCAGAGUAUAAUAUUGCGAUAACAGCCACUGAUUCAGGCUCUCCUCCUCUGUCCAGUGAGAAAAUUAUACCUGUCAGCAUCACUGAUGUGAACGAUAACCCUCCUAUAUUCACUCAGCCCUCCUAUAAUGUGUAUUUAAAAGAGAAUGGGGUCCCAGGCUCCAUACUAUACUCAGUCUCAGCGUCUGACCUGGAUUUUGGUGAAAACGCUAAAAUCUCUUACUCUAUACUGGACUCUAAAGUGCAGGACGUUUCUGUCUCCUCUUAUGUUUACAUUAACUCCGAUAACGGCAGCAUCUACAGCAUGCACUCAUUUGACUAUGAGAAACUGAAGGUGUUUCAGAUUCAGGUUCAGGCAAAGGAUCAGGGCUCCCCGUCUCUCAGCAGCAACGCCACUGUCCAUGUUUUUAUCCUGGACCAGAACGACAAUGCCCCCGCUGUUAUUUACCCCUCCUCCGCCAUGGGCUCCCUCUCUCAUCAGAGGAUGCCCCGCUCCGCUAAAGCGGGUCACCUGGUUACCAAGGUGACGGCCGUGGACGCUGACUCGGGCCAUAACGCCUGGAUCUCGUACAAAGUGGCGGAGGCCACAGACGCCUCUCUGUUCACUGUCAAUCUGUACACAGGGGAGGUGAGGACUAAACGCGCUGUGUCCGAGCAGGACGACUCCUCUCAGAGGCUGUUCAUAGAGAUCAGGGACGACGGGGAACCGGUCCAGUCCUCCACCGCCACGGUGUCCAUCUUGCUGGAGGACGGCCUCCACGAGCCCAUCUUAGACCUCCGA